AUGCCUAAGAAAGGAGGGAAGCAUGCUGAAAUGGGAAAAGAAAUGCAGGCACAGUGUAAACGAGCAAAGGUGGAAGAAGCUUGCUCUCUGUCAGUCAUGAAUUUUGAGAACCCAGACAGCCUCUUCAGAAGCUUCAUCUCUCCCAUCAAACAAGAGAUGUUUUUCAGGGAGUAUUGGGAGCAAAAGCCACUUCUUGUUCAGAGAAAUGAUCCCCUGCUGGCUGCUUACUACCAGUCCCUAUUCCAGUUAUCAGAUUUGAAGGAACUGUGCAGCCAGGGUCUGUACUAUGGGCAAGAUAUAAAUAUCUGCAGAUGUGUGAAUGGAAAAAAGAAAGUUUUAAAUAAAGAAGGCAAAGUGAAUUACAUGCAGCUGAAGAAGGAUUUUGACCAGAAAAAGGCAACAAUACAGUUUCAUCAGCCCCAGAGAUUUAAGGAGGAGCUGUGGAGGAUUCAGGAGAAGCUGGAGUGCUACUUCGGGUCUCUGGUUGGGUCGAAUGUUUACAUUACUCCCCAGGGAUCGCAGGGCCUUCCCCCUCACUACGAUGAUGUUGAGGUGUUUAUCCUUCAGCUAGAAGGCGAGAAGCAUUGGCGACUCUAUAAACCAACAGUACAUUUAGCUCGUGAAUAUAAUGUUGAAUCAGAAGAUAGGAUUGGGAAUCCUACACACGAAUUCAUAUUAAAGCCAGGUGACUUACUGUAUUUCCCAAGAGGGACUAUUCACCAAGCUGACACUCCACUUGGGAUCUCCUAUUCUACACAUGUGACCAUCAGUACCUACCAAAACAACUCUUGGGGAGAUUUCUUACUGGAUGCAAUUCCUGGCCUUGUGUUUGAUUCAGCAAAAGAAGAUGUGGUGCUGCGGACAAGCAUACCAAGGCAACUGCUUAUGCAGGUGGAUACAGCUGACUCGACAAAAAAACUGAGUAGCCUUUUGAGAAGGCUUGCAGACCGUCUGGAAAACACCAGAGAACUGAGGUCAUCUGACAUGAAGAAGGAUUUCAUUAUGAACCGGUUGCCACCUUGGUUGGGAUGUGACUCUCAUCCUUUGACUCCAGGUGGGAAACUGCCAAAAAUAGAUAGCAAAAUCAGACUGCAGUUUAGAGAUCAUGUUAUCAUUACAGUGGAACCAGAUCAAGAGAAUUCUGAUGAAAUUCGCAGAGAUAUGGUUUAUGUUUAUCAUUCUUUAAAGAACAGGAGAGAAACUCACAUGAUGGGGAGAGAAGAUGAUACUACUAGUGAGGAAGGCACAUCACAGCAGACUCAUGGACUGCGGUUUCCUUUGUCAUACUUGGAUGCACUGAAGCAGAUUUGGAGUAGCAGCACUGUUAAUGUUAAAGAGCUUAACCUUAUCUCAGAUGAGGAGAAAGAAAACCUUGUCUUGUCCCUAUGGACUGAAUGUCUAAUUGAAGUUAUUUGAUGCUUUUGUGAAUUAGCUGCUCCUGUAAGUAGUAUUUCUGGCCAUUAAGAAUCUCUUGAGAGAAAGGCUUAUUAAAUUACUUUUUUAUCUAUCCAGCCUUUGGUUUUUAUUGCUGUCUAACAAAGCAUUGCAAUAUAUAUACUUUGCUACUUUCUAGUUCAAAUGUUACUUUUCUUUCCUUAGCUUUGGGAAAAUGGGCAUUGGGAAAAACAGGUAAGCUGCUUAUCAUCCAGUGAGCCACAGCUCCAUGUCUGUGGAUGGAUGAAGUCACCCAUAGUAACACCAAUGCUGUGGUAUUCCCUUUCCUCUGGAUCUAUGCCUUGAUGUGGAGGACAUCUAAAGGUAUACACAUGGAGCAGGCUCGAGGACCUCAGGCAAAACCCAGUAACUUACUUUUUCAUUUGUAAAAUUCACCAGCAAGAAAACACAUUUGUUCACCCUGAGAGAACAAAAGCUUCUUAGUAAAAGCUGUGUAUUUUGUUUCCCAAAGGGGUAAGACUUUGCCCAAGAAAACCCUCCUUUCCUCUCAGAUGCUGCCACCACUGGAAUAAACAAACAAUAGUAUUUAACCUCUACCUCUCCCAGCACCAAUAUUUAAUGUGAAAGUAACCCAAACCUGGAAGUGGAAUCUGUAUCUUCAAUCCUCCCUUGAGUAGGUUUUGAUGGGAGUAGUGCAGUUAUUUUAAUACUUGAACAUUGAUGUUUAAUAUGCAAACUAAUGUAACAGCGCAGUCACCUAUUUAAUAUAGUUAUCCCUUUCUUUGAAAGGAAAU